CUUCCGGUAGGUCACUGAAAUUAAUGCGGUCAUGAAUUUUAACAUAGUUUUGUUUGAAAAAUGUUCGUAAAUGAAUGAACUGAAACUUUGUUUGUACGUGGGGAUAUGCAGUGGGCAGUGUGAGGAGGCAGAGAAUGGCAGAGCCAGACAGAAGCUCAACAGACGGGACACCAGAAAAUGAAAAUGAGGCAGACUCUGGCACUCAGAAUGAAGGUGGUCACAGUAAUGAGGAGAAUGGUGAUCAGGACAAUGAAGCUGAUCAGUCUGGUGGACAAGGCAGUCCCUUAGCAUCAGGGGGUCCAGAUGGUGCUCUGAAUACAAACUAUGAUUCCAGUGAUGGUGCUAUACCAGUCCAUCGAUGUGAACGAUGCGACAAUUAUGAGACCUUGUCUCGUGCUGCCUUGCUUACGCAUCUUUCGCGAUGCACUGGCGGGGAGGGAGAACCAUCUGCACCAGGAGAGGUGCAUCGAGGUCAUGACCGUAAAAUAUUUGAAUGUGACGUGUGUAACAUGAAAUUCUCAAAUGGCGCCAAUAUGCGGCGCCAUAAAAUGCGUCACACAGGUGUUAAGCCUUAUGAGUGCAGAGUCUGCCAGAAAAGAUUCUUUCGCAAGGAUCAUCUAGCAGAACACUUCACAACACACACAAAAACUCUGCCGUAUCAUUGUCCCAUCUGCAACCGUGGAUUUCAGCGUCAGAUUGCCAUGCGGGCUCAUUUCCAGAAUGAACAUGUAGGACAAAAUGACAUGAUAAAAUCCUGUCCACUGUGCAGCUAUCGGGCUGGAUCUAUGAAGAGUUUGCGAGUGCAUUUCUUCAACAGACAUGGAAUUGACUUGGACAACCCUGGACCAAGUGCACCCAGUGCAUCAUCGUUACUGCAAGGCAGCCAUUGCUCACCAUUGGAGGUGAGCUGCAAUCUUAAUGUUGCAGCAACAUACAGCGACAGUGGUGACUCAAUGGGAGCAAGGUCUGUGGACAAUGCUACUCCACCAAUGCACUUCCUCACGCCUCAUGUCGAGAUAUCCAUGGCUGAUGCGCCUGCAUCGUUUUCUCCUGCUCAGUGUGACCCACCCCUAGGGGUCAACUCCCAGUCAGGCUCUGAACCUUCAUCUCAGCGAGUAAAUGGUGAAUGUCCUGGUUCACCACAUUCAGUUGAUUCCAACUCAAAUGCACCAUCAAGCAGUCACACAGUUGGAGGCGCAAGUAAUGGAAAUGGUUCCGCCCGCACUGUAUCUGAGCUGGAGGUGGCCACAACCAUUACUCCAUCCAUCUCGCUUAUCCCAAUAAAGCAGGAGCCUGGUAGUGGCGCAGAUGAACCUUCACAGAGAAGUAAUGGGCCUGUGAACCUCACGACUGCUCGCACAUUGGCUUCAGCACCUGCAGAGUCAAAUAAUGUCCAGUUUCAGUCUGCCACCUCCAGUAGCCUUACCAGUCUAAUUAAGGUUUCACCUCUUAAAUCACUCCUCCGUGAUGAUCUAAAAAGAAAGAUUGGAAAUCGUAGUAACUCAUCUAUCCCUGCUCGAGGUCGUCCAUCCACUGCUUCUCCAAGACCAGAGAGCUCAUUCAGCCUGCAGCCAAUUGCAACAACCACAAAUGGAACCAUCACAUCCACAGGACCUGAACAGCCCUCCGAUUCAACGGGUUGGCGGUCACCACACAAACGGUCUGCUCCUGCACUGCAGUGUGUGUUUUGUGGUAUUGCAUUCCCCGACCAGACAUUGUAUUUCCUUCACAAAGGCUGUCAUUCUGAUAGUAAUCCUUGGAAAUGCAAUAUCUGUGGGGAACAGUGUUCUAAUGUGUAUGAGUUUAAUUCACACCUGCUCAGUAAAACACAUCAGUAGAGAACGGAGAAUGGGGUUGCCAGUUCCAAGGCUAUGUAAAACAGAAUGAAGUAGAUUGACUUAAGACUUCCUUAAAUGGUUAACACUUCUAAUAUGUACUAACUGAUUUCAGGAGAAGAUUUUUUUGGAAAACAUACUCUUAGAUGCUAGCUCUGAUCAAAGGGUAUUGAGACUGAGUGUGUGGAAAUUUUAUUUAUGUCUUCAUGUUUUGUUUUGUGACACUCUCAGCAUCAGACUGUGGUGGCAGAUGGUGGGACAUGAGAUAUGGGAUUCUCAUGGCAGUGACUGACUUGGGUGUGACACCAUGUAGUGUGGUAAAAGGGUGGAAUAAGCUACAAACACACCUGGAUAUUUAGUAACAUGUCAGAACACAUUCUUUGCAGCCAUGUUUUGUGGAAAUGUGAUAUAUGUGCAACAUGAAGUCAAUCUUUUUACCUUUUGAUCAGACCUUUCAUGUUCUAUAUACAAUGUAGUGUAGAGCAAACCAUAUACAUUAAUUUGCAUUUCAGCUGCUGUGUUAUUCCUUCGCAGUUACAACGGUUUAGCAGUUAAAGUCUGUUCAGAGAUGCAUUAAAAACCCGUGAAUAAUUGUGAGUCGUAGAUCAGUGAUUUUUAAUCACAGAUGGUGGUGAAUCAUAUUGAAGACUAUUCCUUUUCUUGUAAAGUUUGGGUGAAAACCAAUCAGAAUGCUAUAAAACGGUGAGGAAUAUGAGAUGACCAGCUGUAGUCUGAUUCCAGUCAGGUUGUGCUGUACAGGGCCAAACUGACCGAUGUUGCCAGGUGACCAUACAAGUCUUCAUCUCGAGGCCGCACCAUAGCUCAAGCGGUUAGUCACUGGCUUCCCACUGCGGCGGCCUGGGUUUGAUCCCGG